GCGGACCUCUAGGGAGAGCAGGAGCUGCAGGACUCAGGACGCAGCAGAGACUCUGGAGCAACCGGUGCGCUAGAGCCAUGAAGAUGCAUUUCUGCAUCCCGGUGUCCCAGCAGCGGCCAGACGCGCUGGGGGGCCGCUACGUGCUGUACUCCGUGUACCUGGACGGGUUCCUCUUCUGCAAGGUACGCUACAGCCAGCUGCACCGCUGGCAUGAGCAGCUGAGACGAGUAUUUGGAAACAGCCUGCCCCCUUUCCCGCCAAAGUACUAUCUGGCGAUGACUGCCUCGAUGGCGGAACAGAGGAGGGACCAGCUGGAACGCUACCUGCAAAAUGUAACCGCGGACCCUCGUGUGGCGAGAAGUGACGUCUUCACCGAGUUUUUAACGUUGGUGCAGAUGCACACAUCAAACAUCCCCACCAAGAAAACCGCUCUGCCUGUGUUUCUGCCCAACGGAAGGAGGAUGAACGUGGAGGUUCUCACAUCGGACACGGCCGAAAGGGUCCUCGAGGUGGUGGCGCACAGACUAGGACUGUAUCCAGAGCUCUUGGGCUACUUCGGCCUUUUUCUCAUCCGGUGCUUCCCCGAGGGCAAGCUCUCUGUUGUGAAGAAGCUGGCCGACUUUGAGCUGCCUUUCGCCAGCCUUCAGGCCUCUGAGGAGGAGGACUGCAGGAUAGGACUGAGGAAGUGGUACCUGGACCCGGCCCUGGACUCCGUGCUGAUGGACUGCAGAGCCGCUGGAGACUUGCUGUACAUGCAGGCAGUACAGGACCUUGAAAUAGAGUGGGUGAAGCCCACACAGGCUCAGAGGGAGGAACUCAAGGCCCUCCGGGAGAAGGAGAACCAAACGAAGUUUCUGGAGCUGUCCCGGGAGGUCCGGCACUACGGCUACAUUCAGCUGGAUCCCUGUACCUGCAACCAGCCGGAACCCGCCUGCGGGGCUGUACUUUCCAUCGGCAACAAUGAGGUCAACUGCUGUGUAACCCUGCCCGAUGGCCAGACCCAGGACGUUACUUUCCAGAUGAGCAGAGUAAAAUGCUGGCAGGUCACUUUCCUUGGCUCUCUGCUGGAUACAGACGGGCCCCAGCGGACUCUCAACCAGAACCUAGAGCUGAGAUUUCAGUACAGUGAAGACAGUCGGCAGCAGUGGUUUGUUGUGUACACCAAACAGGCUUUUUUCCUGAGUAGCUGCCUGAAGAAGAUGGUCUCGGAGAAGUUGGUGAAGCUCGCUGAGGAGAACCCAGAAAUGCAGAUCGAGGUUCCAGAACAAGGCAGAAGUAAGAAGCAGCCGGCCCAACCGAGCCAGAAAAACUAUUUUAAUUUUCUGAGAAAAAGCAACAUGAAGACCGCUGAAGACGGAUGUGUCUGGGGGACCCUGACGGAAGGAGGUCUCUGAAGGGGUCUCGUCUUUCAACACAUCUUCAGGACUAUGUCUUAAGACAGUGCCAGAGCUGGGGGUCACUUCCUUUGACAUGGAGGUACCUGUGUUCAUCAGUCUCACCCGUAGCCCUCUGAAGCGCUCAGGAUUAAAACCGCGUAGGAGCCAAAGCUCUAGCGUUGGCUUAAGUGGCAGGUGGCAGGUUCAAAUCCACCAACGGACGGUUUAUUCUGUUUUCCCACUAGGGCACAUGUGCAUUCGGCUCCGUGACCUUUUGUAUGUUCUGAUAUCGCAGGGAUAGAAAGCUUGUUCUAAACUGUACGGAUGCAUUUGGCACGGAGCCAGAGCCACCAGCUCAGGAAAAUAUGGCUCCCGUUAUUUAUCCAGAGAGCAAGAAGAGAGGGUAAAAUUCUGAUCCACUUCCUCACCUACUCCCGAGUCUACUAACACAGAUGAACCUGAGUCAUAGCUGCCUUGGCCUAAAUCCUCUUACUGUAUGGUUGUAUUCACUCUUAUUUUUUAAUUAAAAUAUUCUUUUGAGAUAAUGGUCCUCUGUAUAGCAGUCCUGGAACUCCCUGUAGAACAGGCUGGCCUCGAACUCACAGAGAUUGUAUUCCACUCUUAGAUUGGAUUCUUGGCCUGGAGAAAUGACUCAGUGGUUAAGAACACUUGAUGCCUUUGCAGAGGACCUGGGUUUGAUUCCCAUAAUGCACAUGUGUCAGCUCCAGAGGUUCCGAUGCCCUCUUCUGGCCUCCUCUGGUACCCACACAUACGUGGCACACAUACACACAUAACUAAACCCAAAUAAAAUUGAAUUCUACCCAGUAAUCAUCAUGCCAACUGGAAUAUUUUUCUCUUGGAUAUCGAUAAAGUCCUGCAGGGACAUCUAAUAUAAAUCGCUUAGCUAUACAAAUGUGUAUAUUUUCCACAAUAUUUUUCCUUAUAUAGCUUCUGGUGUACGACAUUAAUGAACAUAAUUGUGAUGGAAUUAAGAGCAACAUAAAGAGGGAAAGAUAAAUAUGCAAAAAACAACUAGGUAGGAGUGUAAUAUUCUAAUGUUCUUUUCUGAGUUAGCUAAUUGUGAAAUAAAUGUAACAUCUGAUGAA